AUGUGGGUGCUGGGCAGCAAGGCGCCUCUGGCCAGCCAGGAGAGCAUGGGCGUGCUGCUGAGCGGCAGCACGCCCAUCUCGCCACCCCCACGCUCGCUGUCCACCAGGUCCUUCCCGGCACAACCCUGGAACGGCUCCCAGAAGUCCUGGCACAACGCGAGCCACGCGGCGCUCUCCUCCCUGCGCCUCGUCCCACGGACAGAUGACGACUCAGGUGGCGGCGGCAGUGAGGGCGAGGGCGGGGGCGGGCUUGGAGGCGGCGGCGGGGGUGGAAUGGGCGGCCAGGACUACCGUACCGUCUUCCUCAAUGAGCCGCAGCCCUUCAAGUACUGCUCCAACGCCAUCUGCACCGCCAAGUACCGCUACAAACUGCUCUUCUUCCUGCCAAUGUUUCUGUUUGAGCAAUUCCGACGCUACGCUAAUAUCUUCUUCCUCAUCAUCGCCUUGCUGCAGCAAAUUCCGGGAGUGUCACCUACUGGCCGCUACACAACACUGGUGCCCCUCAUCUGCAUCCUGGUGGUGUCAGCCAUCAAGGAGAUUGCAGAGGACAUUAAACGUCAUCGGGCGGACGACGAGUUGAACAAGAGGGAGAUAGAGGUGCUGAAGGAUGGACAGUGGCAGUGGAUCAAGUGGCGCCACAUACAGGUCGGGGACAUUGUCAAAGUGCGCAACAACAAGUUUUUUCCUGCCGACUUAGUCCUCCUCGCCUCCAGUGAACCCCAAGCCCUGUGCUACGUGGAGACGGCCAAUCUGGAUGGUGAGACAAACCUCAAGAUUCGCCAGGGCCUGCCUCAGACAGCGCACCUGCUGGAGGCGCGGGACCUCAUGAACCUGUCCGGCAAGGUGGAGUGUGAGGCGCCCAACCGCUUCCUCUACCAGUUCACCGGCAACCUCAAGGAGACCAGCCGACCGACUGUGCCGCUGUGCCCAGACCAAGUGCUGCUGCGUGGUGCCAAGCUGCAGAACACUAACUGGGUCUUUGGGCUGGUUAUCUACACAGGCCAUGAAACAAAGCUUAUGAAGAACUCUGCUACCUCAGCACCUCUCAAACGCUCCACGGUGGACAAGCAGACAAACAACCUGAUCAUCCUGCUGUUUUUCCUGCUCAUUGUGUUAUGCCUCAUUAUGGCCGUGUGCAACUCACAGUGGCCGGCUGAGCUCCACUGGUACCUCUCCCUGGAUGGUGAGUCAGGCGGGGCUAUGGUGGCCUGGGAUGUCUGGGCCUGGCUGUGGGAAGAUCUGAGCGUGUUCAACUUUGGGAUUAACUUCAUUACGUUUAUCAUUCUCUUCAACAACCUGAUCCCCAUUUCCCUGCAGGUCACCUUAGAAGUUGUCAGGUUCAUACAGGCUGGCUUCAUCAACAAUGACAUCAAUAUGCUGUAUGAAGAGAACAACAUCUGGGCCAUGGCAAGGACCUCCAACCUGAAUGAGGAGCUUGGGAUGGUCAAGUAUGUCCUUUCCGACAAGACAGGAACACUCACUUGCAACAUUAUGGAGUUCAAGCGAUGCAGUGUUGGGGGCAAUAUUUACAGUAUGAGUGAUGGGAGCGUGCAGGACCUGAUAGUGCUGGUGGAGAGUGGCGGGCCGGGCUCUGACAUGGCUCGGCAGUUUCUCAUCAUGCUUGCCGUCUGUCACACCGUCAUCCCAGACAGAGAUGAGGGCCGGCCUGACAGUGCCAUAAAGUAUCAUGCCGCCUCACCCGAUGAACGAGCAUUGGUGGAGGGGGCACAGAAACUCGGCUUUGUGUUUGAGACUCGCACACCAGACUAUGUUGAGGUGGACGUGCUGGGAACCAAGGAGCGCUACGAAGUGCUCAAUGUGCUGGAGUUUACCUCGGCACGCAAACGUAUGAGUGUGAUUGUCAAGACUCCCGACGGCCAGAUCAAGCUUUACUGCAAGGGAGCCGACACGGUGAUCUAUGAGCGCCUUGGGGACAGCCAAGAGUUUAGAGAUGUCAUUGUGAGGCACCUUGAGGACUUUGCUGGUGAGGGGCUGAGGACACUGUGCUAUGCUGUGGCUGACAUAUCACAAGAGUAUUAUGAGAAGUGGAAGAACAUCUACCACAAGGCAAGCACUGCACUACAGUUCCGUGAGAAGAAGCUGGAGGAUGCAGCACAACUUAUCGAGAACAACCUGACACUGCUCGGGGCCACAGCCAUUGAAGACAAGCUCCAAGAUGAGGUUCCAGAGACCAUAGCAUCCCUCUUGAAGGCUGGGAUCCAUGUGUGGGUGCUGACUGGAGACAAGCAGGAGACAGCCAUCAACAUUGGCCAUUCCUGCCACCUGCUGAAUCAAGGAAUGCCACUCAUAAUCCUCAACACUGACUCCCUUGACGAGACACGAGACACCAUUAACCGUCAUGUGGUGGAGUUUGGGGAGCAGCUGAAGCGAGAAAAUGAGGCUGCUCUGAUCAUUGAUGGUAAGACCCUGAUCUACGCCCUCACGCCAGACCUGCGCAAGGACUUCCUCGACCUGUGUGUCUCCUGCAAGAGUGUCAUCUGUUGUAGGGUGUCUCCAAGCCAGAAGGCAGAGGUGGUGGAACUCUUGACGCGGGAGACGGGGUCAGUCACGCUGGCGAUUGGCGACGGUGCCAAUGAUGUCGCCAUGAUCCAGAAAGCCAAUGUGGGUGUGGGCAUUGCUGGCUUGGAGGGUCUUCAGGCUGCCUGUGCCUCAGACUAUGCCAUCGGCCAGUUCCGAUUUCUGGCGAGAUUACUGUUCGUUCAUGGCGCGUGGAACUACAGUCGCUUGUGUAAAGUGAUCUUAUAUAGCUUUUACAAAAAUAUCUGCCUGUAUGUCAUUGAGUUGUGGUGGGCAGCGAUGUCAGGCUGGUCAGGGCAGGUGCUGUUUGAGCGCUGGAGCAUCGCCAUGUACAAUGUGCUGUUCACUGCCGCCCCACCGCUGGUCAUGGGCAUUUUUGACCGCUCCUGCAGUGCCGAGACUCGAAUGAAGUACCCCGAGUUGUACCGAGAGUCCCAGAGCGGCUCACACUUCAACUGGAAGGUGUUUUUGUGGUGGGUGUGGCUGGCGCUGGUCCACUCGGUGCUGGUGUUCGUGCUGCCAUACUUCAGCAUGACGCAGGACGUGGCGUGGAGCCAUGGCAGGGUGGGCGGCUACCUCAUGGUGGGCAACAUGGUGUACACUGUGGUCAUCACUGUCUGCCUCAAGGCCGGCCUGGAGACAGACGCCUGGACCUGGGUCACUCACCUCGCUAUCUGGGGCUCCAUUUCAUCCUGGUUUAUCUUCCUCCUUGUGUACUCCAACUUCUGGCCGGUGCUGCCCAUGGCUCCCGACAUGGUUGGAAUCUACCUGCAGGUGUACUCCUCUCCUGUGUUCUGGUUUGGAGUCAUCCUCAUCCCUCUGUCCUGUCUCCUGCUGGAUGUCACCACCAAGACGAUGCAAAACUCAGUCCGCAAGAGCUUAACGGAGCAAGUGAGAGAGAGUGAAAUAAGCAACAAGGACGUAUCCAAAGUCUUAGACACCAAGCACAGGCUGAGUGAGACUGCUCGGCUACUGAAGAAUGUGUUCCGUCGCACCACCACGCGUGUCAACCUGGAAGUAGAGCUUGCCCAUGGGUACGCCUUCUCACAAGAGGAACACGGGGUUAUGGGCCAAUCUGAGGUGAUCCGCUACUACGACACAACACAGCCCAAGCCCGGCGGCAUGUAAGGGCCGCCGCUACCACCCAUGAAUCACCUUUGCGCUGCAUCAUGGUGUAGAAGAUUAGCACAUGCAGACUCCCAGCACCAAGGACCCUUGUUUCUUGUAGCUUGUUUCACAGCAUCUAUGUCAUUUGACCCACAAUUUAUGACUUUGAAAUGUACUGCAUUGCAUGUCUUGAGUUUAAGAUCCAGGGUACAUUAAGGAAAGAUAUUUUUUAGCCAUAAAUUGCUGGAAAAAUAACAUAAAACAGCCACAAAAGGGAAGACACACCAGCAGGACUGUCACUACCUGCACCAGCACUGAGCUGCACUUGUUCAGAAUGCAUCAGGAAACUGUGUACUACGCCUAGAUUAAGUCCUUCAGUUUGGAAGAGUGUGAUGUGUGUGUUUGUUAAUAGUAUUCAUCCUACAACCAGUCUAGAUGUGGGUGAGGCAUGUGAUCCCUGGAGCAGCCUUCGGGAGGUGGUCAUUGCAGGCACUUCCAGGCAGUUGUGUGAUAACAAACUGACGACACUAAUGAUUAUUGUUUAUUAAUAUAAUCAUAAGGAACUCACCUUGCACUUAUCACUUGAAUGCUACUUUGUGAAAUAUUGCUUAUCUCAAAUACUCUGAGGGAGGAAGGCCAUGUGUACUCAGGUCAGACACGGAUGUUGAGAGAGGACCCAAGUGUUGGUCGGCAAGAUGUGGUGCCCGUGAAUCUCAGUGUUUGUAAGGGAUGGCAUUUUGUGGGAACGAAAAACCCAGUGGUGUUGCAAAGUGGAAGUUGACUGCAGGAGAGUCACAAGUUCAUGCAUGAGUUCUGUUUUUUAAAGACUGUUUGUAGGGAGGAAGAAAACUGUGAAUUGAAACUGCCAUCGUUUAAGGCUCUUUAUUGAUUUUUGUGUUCAUUAGGUAUAUCAUAUUUUUAUCUGUAAGUACAAAUUGUGCAUUUAUGAAUCAGGACAAAGAACUAAGUUGUCAUUAAACUUUUAAAAAUGUAAACUUGAUAUUAAAUUUUAUGAAUUGAAAUGUCUGUACAGAGAGAGACAGAGAUGCAGGUAAUAGAGAAAGUGUCAUAAUAGUACUUCAUGAGGAGAGUGAAAUGAUGUGUUCGAUGCUGUACCUUUCACCCUUCUGGAAACUCUUCUCUCCAUUAACACCAGCGCCUUGCACAACCACCACCACCACAUCAUCCUUACACCAGGAAACACAACACAAUGAGCAGCAUAAAUAACAAAAAACAGUAUAUUUUGAAUUCCUCUCAUAAUGACUCAUCUGAUAAAUCAAAAUUUGUAAAAAAAAAUGUAGAACUAAAAGGGGAAUAAGUACUUAAAGAUUCAGUUAGAAAUUUUAAUUUUGAUAUGAUAAAAAAAAGAAGGAAAUGAGGGUUUAGAGAGGAAAGUCAAAGAGAAAGAGUGGAAAUCAAGAGGUUGAAGAGAAGAGUCAAUAUUUCUCCUCUAAAUCAAGAAAAGAGAUGGAUUAACACCUUAAGUGGAAAUGGGUGAUGCAUGCAAGAAAACAACUUCCUGUGAAUUGUGAAUAUAGUUGAGUGUACCACAGGAGAAUUAUGGAGUAGAGAGCAAGUGUUAGAGUGUAAUGAAGGAAUGCAAGAUUUGGAAUGAAUAUAGACAUCUAUUACAGCCUGUCUGUAGGAGAAUAAUGGUAAUGAUGGUGGUUGAUGAUUGCUUAUGAUGUAGGGUGGUGGUGGUGGUGAUGGAAUUUUUGUUUACUUUGAAAUGUUACCUGAGUACAAAUGGUGAUCAUGACCUCAGACAUAUAAAAAGACAUUAUCUAGUCCAUUAAUAUUUGCUCAUGUAUACAUAUAUAUACUUAUUAAGUUUUAAUUCAAGGCAGCAAAAUAUUUAUAGCUUGAAAAAUGCAAAUUCUGCAAUUAGUAUCUUGUAACUUCUGUAUCUUUAUUGUUUAUUUUUUUGUCUCUUUGUUUUAUUGGUGCUGGUCUGUUUAAGGACCAUGAGCACCGUCCUGGUGACCCACCAUCCCAAUACUUAUUCAUAAUACUGAUGCUCUUGAGUCAGAAGUAUUCGUGUUCAGUAGAAGUGUAAGUGUGGAUGUCUGACGGGGAUCCAAGGGACGCAGUGCUGAGGCUCGCUGAACAAUUACCAGCUUUAAUCAACCCCAGGACACAGACAAACACACAUGCACACACACACACACACACACACACACACACACACACACACACACACACACACACACACACACACACACACACACACACACACACACACACACACAGUGGUAUGCUAGGUGACAUAUGCUUGGCAAGUGCUUCCGCCAAGUUGCAGUUAAAAAACAGCUCCUGAAACUGAUCUUAUAAAUUUCCUGCCAGUGCAAUCAUACACUUCUAGUUUCACCGCUGCUACAUCCCUUGUGUUUCUAAUGCUGCUGCCACUGCUGUUGCCACCCUUGCCAAGAGGGCAGAGUGUGAGGCACUCUGGGCCGCCACAAGGCUGACACUCCCCAUUGGCGUUGUACAGCAAGGCAGAGGAUGUGUGAGGCGAGUUCUCCAAGCACCAGUGCAGUCCAUCCUUAAGUUAGUUACAAUGUGGUCGAGGUCGGCGGCCUUCUGCCUGUCUGAGCUCGGCUCCCGAACUGGUUGUGGAGGAAUCUUGAGAUGAGGGACGUUGGCUGAACUGUUCAUAAUAGACAGUGCUUCUGUACAACAAACAUUAUUAAUCUAAUUUAUUUUUUCCGUAAAGCAUGAUUUUGUAUGACACCUCUGUCGUGUAUGAGUGGCCAAUGUUUGGCACUGUCAUGUUCUCAGACUGUCGGGUCCUUACCCAGAGUCUCCUUCCCUCUCCCCCAGCGAGAGCAAAGCAGUCAGGGCCGAGCUGUUGCAAGGCUCCUGCAGCACCAGUUCAUUGCCUGAACUGUAUACUACAUACUUAAAUUAUCUUUAUGUUUGGUGGUACAUUGUCGUAGAGUUUGUCCCAGUUGCUGUGGCAUCAUGAGGCGAUAAAAAUGAACGUAGACUUUAUGAACACUGUUAAAAAUGAACCUGAAUUGUGCUUGAAAAGUGUGUAAUCUGUUUGUGUGUGUUGCACUUUGUUGCCGCUGGCCCGGGGUGCGGCAGGGGCUGCCGCUGAGCAGGUUGACUCAGUGCCUGGGACGAGUAAUGUUAUCACAAGAUCAGAGACUUUUAAAACUAUCAUUAAAGGUUUUUAAAAGUCUGAUGGAGGCCAUUUCUCUGAAGUGCUUAUAUAGUAAUGGAGAUACUAUAUACAAAUAAAUAGAAAGCUUUAUAAAUGAAAUCCUUAUAAAUGCUUGUUUAUAUUUGAAACAUAUAUAAAAGUUUUAUUUUUGAAGCGUCUGUUUUAGGUUAGGUCCGUUUAAGUUAAGUCAGUAUGUGUCCUUCGUGUAUUCCUGUACCCACUGCUUUGUGCCGAGAGACUGUGGCCGGACACCAGCAGCAGCACUGGAGGGCCAGCGCCGGUGCCGUGUGUCCAGAGUCGGUGUUGUCUUGUGGUGUGUUGUGGUGUGAUGUGCUGUCUGCCAGCCACUAACUGUGUCAGCCAUCAUGGUCCUGGUGAUUGGCAGCACUGUGGCACUGUUGACUGGUGGUACUGUGACACUGUUGACUGGUGCCAUGGUGGCACCAUUGACUGGUGGCACUGUAGUACCAUUGGCUGGUGGCACUGUGGUACCAUUGGCUGGUGACACUGUAUUACUAUUGACUAAUGGCACUGUGGUACCAUUGACUGGUGGCACUGUAGUACUGGUUAUUAGUGGCACCAUGAUUGGCCACCAGUACUCAGUGAGGUCAAUGGUGGCAUGGUGGCCCUUGUGCCAGUGCCCAGCAGAUCCUCUCUUCAGAGAUGUGUGAGGCACAGUCCAGGCUGUCAGUGUGGUGAGGCACUGAGGGCGUGGCACCAGGCUGGGGGUGAGGUGAGGGUGGUGGUGCCAGGAAGAUGGGGUAGGCCAGGGUGCUGCCACAGUCCGCCUGUGCCCCAGACUGCUGCCGCUGCCCUGCGUGACGAGUUAUCCGCAAGUCUGCCAACAUGUACAGUGCUCCUUAUUUCCCUCUUUCUUGCUGUUCCGUGUGUGUGCCGUGUACGUGUCUGUAUGUUUGUAUGUAAGACAGUUUCUUGUGAUUCACUGUCUGUGUCUUUCACGCGGCCCGGGUGAGGCAAGGAAUCCUUUAUCUUUGAUAUUACACCAAGCAGGGCGCGGGGCUCCUGGGUCCCGUGCAAAGAUAAUAUAUCCUAAAAUAGAUGUAAAAAUAAAGGCUUCUCAUAUUAAA